AUGACAACCAUUAAAUCCCUCAAACUUAGUUGGCUAACCGACGAAAAAAUUAAAAGACUCUCUUUCGGAGAAAUCACAAACAGCAAAACUCUCAACGCAAGCACCCUAGAGCCAGAAAUUGGUGGACUUUUUUGCCCAAAAAUAUUUGGACCGGCUCGGAGUUAUCAAUGUGCUUGUCACAGCGAUCAAUCACGCCGGAUUAAACACCAAAAGUGCGAAAACUGCGGGGUUUUAAUUGCCAGUUCCAAUAUUCGCCGGUGGAGAAUGGGACAUCUUGCCUUAGUUAGUCCGGUUACAAAUACUUUGCUUUUGAAAGGCAUCCUGCCUCAUUUAGAAAAAUUGCUGGAAAUCCCUGGCAAAGCAAUUAAAGAUUUAGUUUAUUUUCAUACUUACGUUGUUUUGGACCGCGGAAACUCCACUAUUCUGCAAAAUAAGCAAAUUUUAGCCCACAAAAUUGACCCAGAAUUAAUCAGCCAAGUUUUGACUGAACUUAUCCAAGCUGGCGAAGCCAAAAGCAGUCCCGGUGGGCUAAAAAAAGCCCAGGAACUCCAAGCAAGUUUGCUUGGCCAAAAGAAAAAAGAAAUUCAAAUAAGAAUUGAAACUGGCUCGUUUGCCUUAUCGGAAUUGCUGAAAAACAUUGAUUUAAAAGCCGAAUUGAAAAAAAUUGCCGAACUUUCGCCCAAAGCAAAUCAAGAGAAAGUCAAUAGCAGAAAAAGAUUUAUCCAAUCCCUGCUCCAAAACAAUUUGCCUUUAACUGGCUUGAUUUUAAACUACGUGCCGAUACUUCCCGCUGGCUUACGUCCAGCCACGAAAUUAGAUGACGGUAGCAUUGCGACAACCCAGCAAAAUAACCCCAACCGGAAAUUAAUUCUCACUAAUGAAAGAUUAAAAAACAUUUUAGAAAUUAACAAAAAUCUCCAAACUCCCGUGCUUUUUUUAGAUAUUAUUCACAGCGAACAAAGGAAGUUGCAAAAAGUCUUCGACCAACUGCAAUCAGGGGAAUGGCUUCCCAAACAAAGCACCACCAAAAGUUUGCUGCAAAUACUGAGUGGCAAAGAAGGAAUUUUACGCAAAUAUUCGCUGGGAAAAAGAGUAGAUUACUCGGCUCGCUCCGUCAUUUCUCCUAAUCCUCAUUUAUCCCUAAACCAAGUAGGUAUCCCGGUAGAAAUGGCUUUGGUGCUUUACCGACCCUUCUUGUUGGCUUCCCUUUUAAAAAAAGGCAAAAGUUUGGAGGAAGCUAAACAAACUUUAUUGCAAGGGGAUUCGGCAAUUUUCCCCCUUCUCAACCAAGUUAUUCAAAAUCGCCCGGUGCUACUGAACCGCGCUCCCACUUUGCACCGCUUAGGAAUACAAGGAUUUCAGCCAAUUUUAACUUUGGGUAAAACUAUCCAAUUACAUCCAUUAGUAACUGUGGCUUUUAAUGCUGAUUUUGAUGGUGACCAAAUGGCCGUUCUCUUGCCGUUAACCAAAAAAGCCCAAAAGGAAAUUCAAGAGCGGGUAAUGGCGGACUCGCAAAUUUUGGAUCCAAAAAAUGGUAACUUAAUCGAUGCCCCUACCCAAGACAUUAUUUUAGGAAUCUACUACUUAACGAGGACCAAAUCCCGUUCCUUGGCGAUUAAUGUUGAGGAAAAAAAAUCCACCCCUUCUCUUUAUUACGAAGCCAGUCAAAUGGAAAAAGAUUAUGAAAAAGGAAAAAUCAAUUUUGCUACCCCACUGUUUGUCCCUUUGCCUUUAACAGGAAAGCAAUUUGUCUCCCAAGACGAACAAAAAUUCCUUUUGACUACCUUUGGUAAAUGGAAAUUCAACCAAAUUCUUCCGCCAACUUUUCCUUAUUAUAUCAAUGAUUUAAAGUAUUAUAAUCAACACCAAACUUCUCCGGCUUUUGCGGACAUUUUUGCUUGGCCUUUCGUCAGCGACCAGGAGCCAAAAAAUCUCUCCGAUUAUUACGAACAAGGAUUUUAUAACGAAGAGGAAUUUACGCAGCAAAAAAAAAAUCUUUGGGCCGAAUGUAAGGAAAGUUUAGAAAAAAUAAUCGCCCAAAAACUCGCCCAAAAAAGCAGUAGUUCUUUAUAUUAUCUUUGGGAUUCCGGAGCCCGGGCUAACAUUGAAAACUUAACCCAAGUUUUUGGCAUGCGGGGCAAUAUGACUGACUAUAAAGGAGCCACUAUUGAAACACCCAUUUUGUCCUCUUUAAAAGAAGGUUUAAAUCCUUUUGAGUUUUUUAUUUCCGUCUAUGGUGCUAUGAAAGGAAUGAUGGAUACCGCGUUAAAAACUGCCGAAGCGGGUUAUCUAACCCGUCAACUAGUGGAAACCGUCCAAAAUUUGAUUAUUACAACUGAGGAUUGCCAAACCCCAGAAGGCAUUUCUCUCCAAGAACUAACAGAAAAUACUGCUUUUGGUCAAAAAGGAAGUGUUCUCAUUAGUUUAGCCGAAAGAAUUGCCGGUCGGUACUUAGCCCAAGAUGUUACAGUUAAUGGCAAAUUAAUGUUAGCCAGCGGCACACUUUUGCUGGCAAAAGAAAUUGCCCUUCUCCAAGAAAAUAAUGUUUCCGCAGUGAAAGUUCGUUCUCCGUUCACUUGCUCUUUAAUUCAAGGGAUUUGCCAAAAAUGUUACGGUGGUGAUUUGAGUAAAAAUCAAGCAGUAAUUGAAUUAGGCACAGCCGUGGGAAUUAUUGCUGCCCAAUCCUUGGGAGAGCCGGGCACCCAGCUGACUAUGAACACUUUCCAUACUGGUGGGGUAACCGGAGAAGAAGAUAUUGUUCAAGGCUUACCCAAAGUAAAAGAAAUUUUAGGUAAUGUUCUUCCUGAUAAAAAAAAACAAGCAAUUUUAGCCCAAGAAACUGGUGAAAUAAUUGCUAUUAUUGAAGACGAAAAAAAUCAACAAAUUACCAUCAAACAAAAAGCCGAAAGCCAAGAAUUCACCUAUACCUUUGAUUUAGAAAAAAGAAUAAAAGUGAAAGUUGGUCAAAUAGUGCAAAGAGGAGAAAAUUUAACUGCUGGCAAGGUCAAUUUAGAAAAAUUAUUGGAAAUAGUCGGGCGGGAAGUUUGCCAUGUGGAAAUAACUAAGCCCGGAGACAGUAGUUGCUUAACUAGCGAUAUCGUUAAUUACCAGGAAUUUUGCCAAAUUAACCAAGAUUUAAGAGCCAAGAAUAAAGAACCAGCCCAAGCCAGAAAUCUAGUUUUUGGUUUAAAGCAAAUAGCCAAGUUCUCCCCUUCUUUCUUAGCCAGCAUUUCCUUCCAAGAAACCGCAAAGGCUUUAAUUAACUAUUCCAUCUUCCGACCAGUUGAUUAUCUCCAAGGAGUAAAAGAAAAUUUGGUAGUUGGUCAAUUAGCACCAGUUGGUUCAGGCUUAGAAGAACGCCAAAAGUGA